UUGUCUGCACCACGCCGUGUGCAUGAUCGACCAAGGAGCACCUGGCGUUGUGCGUGCAUCACAUAUAUAUAUCACGUCACCAAGAUCUUAUGAUCCAAGAUGCCAAGAGCCGUACCCCGAAACGAGCGAAGAAUCCGUCACUGCAGUUUGAAAAUGAACCCGAUUCGAGAUCCCGACCUGAUCCGCGUCGUCGUCUCGUUCCAGGAAGGCUUGCCGAGAGACCUCGUGUGCCUGCGCAGUUGCACGCCAUCGGCAACCGAGCUGGAGCUCUGGCCGACGGCGAGGCUGCUGCAACACCUCCAACGCGUCCAGAGACACGUGGGGCCGUAUCUCGCUCGUGAUCGCCUCGAGCGAGCGAUGACGCAUUUGCCGCAUUUGCCAGCCCACGUUCUGUAUGCGGCCGUGUACUUUGGCCUGCACGACGUGGUCCGCGACCUCUGUGAUAUUUGUGUGGUGACGCCGCGGCUACUGGACCUGGCGACGUGGCAGCAUCACACAAGCAUCCAGCGUCUUCUCAAGACCAAACUGGGCCACUCUGCCGCGACAACAACGUACGGGCGAAUCAGCCAAGACGUGCGGGCGCUGAGCGCCAUACCUGCGUUUGCGAGUGCGUGGCAGUGCUACGACUAGUCGUGUUGUCGAUAGUAUGCUAUUGACAAGGUGAAAAGCGUUGUUAUUCAAUGGCAAAAUAUACUUAUGGGAAGC